AUGGGUGGGCAAAACGUUUUAGUCAUUGGUAACGGAGGUAGAGAACAUGCCAUUUGUUGGAAAUUAUCCCAAUCUCCAGACAUUGCUAAUCUAUUUGUAACUCCUGGAAAUAUUGGAAUAGCAACAGUUAACAAAGUAAAAAAUGUUACGGUAGAUGUCAAAAAUCAUAAUGCUGUCGUUAAAUUUUGUAAUGAAAAUGAUGUUAGUCUGGUUGUGGUUGGACCAGAAGAUCCUUUAGCUGAUGGCUUGGCUGAUUCUUUAAAAACUGAAGAUGCUGCUCAAAUAGAAUCAAAUAAAGAUUGGGCAAAGCAAUUUAUGAAAAGACAUGAUAUUCCUACCGCAAGAUUUGGAUCUUUUCAAAAUGCUCAAGAAGCUAAAAAAUUUAUUUUAAGUGCUACUUUUCCUGCAUUAGUUGUUAAAGCUAGUGGUUUAGCUGCUGGAAAAGGAGUUGUAGUUGCCAGUGAUAAAGAAGAAGCAUCUAAUGCUGUUGAUGAUAUUCUCACUCAAAAAAAAUUUGGAGAUGCUGGAAGUACAGUUGUUAUUGAAGAACUAUUAGAAGGAGAAGAAGUUUCGUACUUAGCAUUCACUGAUGGUAAUACCAUAGUUCCAAUGUUACCAGCUCAAGACCAUAAAAGAAUUUGGGAUGGAGAUAAAGGCCCAAACACAGGAGGAAUGGGUGCUUAUUGUCCUUGCCCACUUUUGACUCCAAAAAUGCAGGAAUAUGUCAUGGAAAACGUUUUGAAAAAAGCUAUUGAUGGCUUGAAAAAAGAAAAACUUCGCUUUGUCGGUGUACUUUACGCUGGAUUAAUGAUCACAAAAUCGGGUCCGAAAGUUCUAGAAUUCAAUUGUAGAUUUGGCGAUCCUGAAACUCAAGUUAUUUUACCAAUGUUAGAAUCAGAUUUAUAUCAUGUUAUGCUUGCUUGUUGCAAACAAACUUUGCAUACAAUGACGUUAGAUUGGAAGAAAAAUCUUUAUUCUGUGGGUACAGUAAUGGCUAGUAAAGGUUAUCCGGAAACAUCAACAAAAGGCUGCGUCAUUACUGGUUUAGAUAAAGCCAACCAUCUUGUGUUUCAUAGUGGAACUGCACUUAAUAAUAAGAAUGAAGUUGUUACAAAUGGUGGCAGAGUUUUGAUCACUGUAGCAAAUGACAGACAAUUGGCUUUGGCCAUAGCUAAAUCCAUCAAAGUUUGUGAAACAAUAAAAUUUGAGGGUGCACAGUUUAGAAGAGAUAUCGGUUUUAAAGGGAUAGCCAGAUCACUUUUAGCUAGUGGGCAAUUAACCUACAAAUCAAGUGGGGUGGAUAUUGCUGCGGGUGAUAAUCUUGUCUCGAGAAUAAAACCAGCUUGCCGGCAAACAAAUAGGCCAGGAUGCAUCGGUUCUCUCGGAGGUUUCGGUGGGUUAUUCGAUCCUAAAGCAGCUGGUUUUAAAGACCCCGUUUUGGUAUCAGGUACCGAUGGUGUCGGAACUAAAUUAGUCAUCGCUCAAGCUUGUAAUCUACAUUCUACUAUCGGAAUCGAUUUAGUGGCUAUGUGCGUUAAUGAUAUCCUAGCCAACGGAGCAGAACCUUUAUAUUUUCUUGAUUACUUUGCAUGUGGGAUAUUAGAUGUUUCUGUAGGAUGCGAAAUUGUCGAAGGGAUUGCAAAGGGUUGUAAAUUAGCCGGUUGUGCUUUGAUAGGUGGAGAAACAGCAGAAAUGCCUGGAGUUUAUGCACCGGGUGAUUACGACCUGGCUGGAUUUGCAGUUGGUGCCGUGGAACGUGAUAAAAUUUUACCCCUCACCGACGCGAUCGUACCUGGAGAUGUCGUUAUUGGUAUCCCUUCGAGUGGUGUUCACAGUAAUGGUUUUAGUUUAGUGAGAAAAGUUAUGGAAAAGUUAAAUUACAAUUAUCACGAUGAAGCACCUUUCAGUCAAUCCGGAAAAACUUUUGGUAAAAAGUUAUUGACACCGACAAAAAUUUACGUAAAAAGUUUAUUGCCAGCAUUAAGAAGUGGUAAAGUAAAAGCUUUUGCUCACAUAACUGGAGGAGGAUUAUUAGAAAAUAUUCCAAGAGUUCUUCCAGCAGCAGUUAAAGUCAGAUUAAAUGCAUCCAGUUGGGAAAUCCUUCCGGUUUUUUCAUGGCUUGCUGCUUUUGGGGGUAUUAACGAAAGAGAAUUACUUCGUACCUUUAAUUGCGGAGUCGGUGCUACCUUAAUUGUAAGCGCUCAAGAUGCAAACAACGUAUUAUCUUUAAUACAAGGAGAACGUGCCACUAUAAUAGGAAGGGUUGAACCUUAUUCACCAGACGAAGGGCGAGUAGUCGUUGACGGUUUCGUUGAAAAAAUGGAAAAAGAAAUGAAAGUUCACAUACCGAAAUUAAUAGAAACAUCACGUCGUAAUAAAAAAAGAGUUGCCGUCUUAAUAUCAGGUUCAGGUACAAAUUUACAAGCUUUAAUUGAUUCGACCACAAAUCCACAUAAUAAUUCUUCUGCUGAAAUCGUUUUGGUCAUAUCGAAUAAAACGAAUGUUCAAGGUUUAGCCAGAGCGGAAAAAGCAAACAUUCCGACAUACAUUGUAAAACAUACUGAAUUUCAAACUAGAGCUGCUUUCGACAUGGAAAUGAAUCGAAUUUUAAAACAAAACAAUGUCGAUUUAGUUUGUUUGGCUGGAUUUAUGAGAGUUUUAAGCGAAGAAUUUGUACAAAUUUGGAAUGGUAAAGUUAUUAACAUUCAUCCAUCUUUGUUGCCAAGUUUUAAAGGUUCUUCAGCUCAAAAACAAGCUUUGGAAUCUGGAGUCAAAGUCCCCGGAUGUCCCGUUCAUUUCGCAAAAAUCGAUAAUGGUGGAAUUAUCAUACAAAAACCGGUGGAUAUACUUUUAAACGAUACAGAAGAAACUCUUGUGGAAAGGAUUAAAUCAGUUGAACAUGUUGCUUUUCCAACAGCAUUAGAAUUAGUUGCUUCCGGUAAAGUUUAUUUAGAUCAAAGUGGAAAAGUAGUUUGGAAUCAAUUUUAA